AUGUUAGCACUUGGUCUCCGACGACCUCGGAAAUUAAAGCUUAUCCAACAGCCCGACGAAGAAAGCAUGAUGGCAGCUGAAAGAGAACUGCUGGCACUCGGCGCUGCUACCAUUGAUGGAAAAAAUAUGAUACUGACACCCACUGGACGUACACUUUGUAAAUUUCCCUUGUCUCCGGAUCAUGCGAGGGUACUUAUGAUUGCUAAUGAUCUGUUUUGCAUGGAAGAAGCGUUGACUAUUAUAGCUUCUAUGUCCUGUGAGACUAUUUUUGACCUAGACGGGUAUGCUGACCUUAACGAUGUUGAUCGCAUGAGAGCGCGAUUUGCCACCAACGUGAGUGACCACCUUACUGUGAUGAACGCGAUUCAAGCAUUCAAACAAGAAAAACAGAAGAAUUCUGCUCAUUUGAAGGAAUGGUGUAGCAACAACUAUCUGAAUUUCAAGAACCUCAUGAUGGUACUAAAAGUGCGUAAACAGUUGCGUGAUAUUGCAAUGGAAUGUGGCAUGAAGAUAACUUCAUGUGGUGCGCAACGAGAAAAACUACGGCAAGCGCUGGCAUGUGGUUUGUUCAUGAAUGUUUGUGAAUACGAUCGCCAAGAAGAUCGUUAUCGAUUGCUGGUGAAACCCAGUACAACUCUGAAGAUUCAUCCUUCAUCAAGGCUUUGCCGUUCCCGUCCUCGGUACAUUGUUUUCACGGAUCUAAUGCGAACUUCAGACUUAUUUGCCAGGGAUGUUUCAAUCAUUGAUUACGAAUGGGUGCAGCCAGUGCUUGAAGAUUACAGGAGGAACAUCAAGACCUAUGCAUGA